AUGAGAGAUCGGCCCGCCGUCAAGAUCAAGACUUACACCGUAUACUGUGGCGAUGCUGAUGCUAAUGAGAAGAAAGCAGGGGUCAACCCUUUUACGUCGCCUGAAGAGCAGCAGAAGAUGGGAAGUCUCAAACUUCAGCUCGAAGCUGGUUGGGACGUUGCUUUCGACUCUGACCACCGCCCAGUAUUCUCAGCAUUAACGUACGGUUCCAAAGGAGGAAACGAAGGAGUACUUCCUCAACCGAAAGUCGACAUGGCAGGUCUGAAAGAUGAAGAAUGCAGAACGAAUUUCCGCCAACGUUUGUCUAUUCAUGUUGCAGACGCUGCAUUGGAAACCCUUCCGGUUCAAAUACCGCCGAAGAAGUUUACCUUUGCAUCUGAGAUGACUAGAUCACGUACAAUUCCGAAUUUUCGUCGUCAACUGCAUCAGAACCGCGGUAGCGAGUGGACAUCGAGAGCGAAGGAGUUUGAAAAGGCGUGGGAGGACAAGAACCCGCGGAAAGCCUAUGCUUUAUUAAAUAGCGAAAAAAUCAUAAUCAUAGCGGCAAAAUGA